AUUAUCGUCAGGUCCUGUGAUUAGAUACCCGAUUUUAUCUGUUCUCUCAUGAGUUUUAAUAAAAUCAUUUCAGCCACCCUUUUUUGGUUUUGCCAUGUUUCGUUCACUAGCCAUCGUUCUAGCACUCAGCACUAUUGUAACUGCUAAAGAUGUUACCCUUCUGGUAAUUGAAAAGCUUAAUGCAGGCCGGAAAGGUCCACCUUACGACAACACUGUGAUUGUGAUGAACUUAGCGGAGGAUGCAAAGUUGAUUGAUGUAAUGAACAAAGCCCAGAGCGAAGGAACAUUCUCUUUUGACUACACGAUGCACAUUCAGUGGGGAGCUUACAUAACGACUGUAAAUGGAUUGUAUGCAGAUACGACGGCUAAACAAUACUGGCAGAUUAUGGGUGGUCCCCGCAUGAAACCGACCCAGUUUGGAGCCAGUAGUUACGUUCCUGCUGAUCACGAGAAAGUUCUUUUUAGACUUGUCACCUGGGACCGUGAACCUUGCCCUGACCCAACAGAUGACUUUGACAAUCUACAGUAAAAUGGUGGACUGAGGAUCAAGUUUUCACGAAUACUUUUAUUUUGAAAAAAUGUUGAAAUGUGAUAAUGAUGGUUUAUACAUUUUAAAUCAA